AUGAAGAUCAUGUACAGUCAUGUCCCACUGCUGCUGCCAUACAUAAUGACCACUGGAUAUAUAUAAGUGCCACAUAAAUAGAGAAAUACGUGCAGAGCUGCAAAAUAACCACAAAACCCAACUGCAACAUUCUUAUUUCUUAAUCCUGGGUAUAAAGUGUAAUCCCACUAACAAUUGAUGGUUCUGGUUGGGCAGCAAACUAGGGGUGACCAAUUGCCUAUAAGUGAGACAUUCAUUCAUUUACUGUUACAGCUUUUCCUUAUUCCAAGUGUUCAGAUCAGGCAGCCCUGCUACUAUCAAUCCACUUAUAUUUACUUUUGUUUGGAUCAGGAUAGUUUGUCUAUUUUCUCAGACACUAACAUUAAAUUUCUUUUCUCAGAGAAAUGCAGAAAGAUGGAAAUCCUUUCUCCAAAUAUAACUCUGUUUCCUGAUCAGGAAUAUUAUGGCCCCGGAGAAGAGGUCACAAUUGGGUGCCCAGGAGGUUAUGAGCCCAACGUGAGAUUGAUACAGUGUGUGAAGGAGACCAAUAGAAACAGAUGGAACGUGGGACACGUGUUCUGCUCACAAACCAACUUUACCAUGGGCCCCUCAUAUGGGAUGAACCAGACCGAGAUCCAACCAUGGGAUUUAUUUGUGGGACCCACGUUUGGACUUGUGAUCCCCAUUUCCCUGAAGCUCCUGGGACUGCUGAGUGUUCUCCUCUGGAAAGGGAUUUCUACUCUGAGCAAAAAAUAUUGGGAUUCCAGGCAAGCCACAGCAGAUCUCCAUGUGACAUCAGGACAUGAAGAACACACCGUGUAUCACCAGGACAAUACAUUGGACAAUAAGAAAAUAUUUUCAAAGAAAGAGGAAAAGGAACAGUUGUAUGCAAAUCUGGAUCAUUAUACCUGUGUGAAGUAAAUAGCAGGGGAGGAGCUGAGACUUCAUGGCUAUUUGGCUGUUUGUGGUAUUAUCCGACACUAUGUUUAUUACCCAUAGAUAAAAGGAAAAUUUAAUAUACAACAACAACAAAAAAAAUCUUUGUUUAAUUCUUUAUUUAUUAUUGUCAACCUGAACAUAAAUUCUCCCAUAUAAAUGUAGGGGACUUGUAAAAUAAUCCCCCACUAUUAUUCAGCAGGCAGUCCCCUACUGUUAUAGACACCUAACUGGGUCCUAAAAUACAGUCAUGGGGGGGGGGGGACCUGUUUCUUUAUCCUGCUUAAAACUAUGCCCCCUGCAUUUCAACCAGUGCCCAGUAGAUGUGCUAAAGUAUAAAGUCCUGGGCAGCCAUGUGCUCAGAAUCCAUUUUGUGUUAGCCCAGGCCUGAGCAGGCAG